AUGUCUUCCGUCAACGUUCUUGUUGUUUUCUACUCGACCUAUGGUCACAUCUACAAGCUGGCGCAGGCCGUGGCCGAAGGUGCUAGCUCCGUCGAGGGCGUCACCGUGCGCCUCGCCCGCUUCCCCGAGACCCUCUCCGACGAAAUUCUCACCAAGAUGCACGCCCUCGAGGCCAAGAAGCAGUGGGCCGACGUGCCGGAGGUGACCCACGACGACUUUAAGUGGGCCGACGCGAUCGUGUUCGGCUCGCCGACCAGGUUCGGUAACGUGGCCGGCCAGGUCAAGUCCUACAUCGACUCGCUUGGCGGCCUCUGGGCCUCGAACGCGCUCGUGGGCAAGCUCGCGUCGGCCUUCACCAGCAGCAACACCCAGCACGGCGGGCAGGAGACCACCAUCGUGUGCGGCUUCCUCCCGCUCUUCCUCCACCUCGGCAUGCUCGUCGUCGGUCUCCCCUACACUUUUGCCGGUCAGUUCCCGGUGGACGAGGUGUCAGGCGGUUCGCCGUACGGCGCGUCGGUGGUGGCGGGCGUGUGGGGCGCCAGGCAGCCGAGCGAGAACGAGCUCAACGCCGGCCGCUUCCAGGGCAAGCACGUCGCCACCCAGGCCGUCAGGCUGGGCAAGGUGCCCGUUCCCGAGGCCGACAAGUCCAACUAA